GCCAAAACGACAAGGCCACGGCCCCUGGUCUUUACUGAACUGGUGGAUCGAGAACUCCAUACGACUGUCGGCAGACCUCAUAGCUUAUCAAAUUAUCACGAGCAGAUGGCCCGGUCCCUUGGGCGGGGCUGUGUCGAUGCUACCUGGGCUAGAUUGCGGGCACUGGAUGCCCAUCGCCGCGCGUCAUCGAAUUGCCCCAGGAGGCGAGUGUAGUUCGUACAGAGCUUCACGCCAGGCCUGGCUUUGCUGGUUGCUCUCUGGCAGCUCUGCCGUACAUAGACACACCUAUUUCAUAAAGAGCACUCUUGCGGUAUCACUCUGAGUAGCACCUGUAACUCUCCAAGUCGCUACAGCGCUGCUGAUUAAGAGAGUGCCGAGAUCAGGACCCUGCGCUAUUCGCACAGUCCCAGUCACAGUUCCCGCAUCGUCUGCACUGUGCUCACACCUAACGCAAGUCAAAGGGGGUCCAAGCGUUCCUUGUCGAAACAACACCACGUUUCCUUCAAUCACGACGACCUCUUGGACAUCGCCAACCGUUUCCAGCCGUCAUAGGCGCCCCAUUCUGACCAUUCUUCCGACAAGACCCUCGCUGCCGGCUUCGCAUUUACGUACACAACUUUUAAUUAAUCAACAUCGCGUUCCCUAUCUGGACACCUUUCCUCAGCUCGCCUUUCUUCAGUCCACACGGGCGCAUCGCGACAGCACAAAACCCGUAUCGUAUCCUAAUCGUCUUCGCUCACAUCCUCGAGAACAAAUACCAGAGACAGCCACGACCUAUAUCCCACUCUUCGUCACCGAACGCCUUUCAAAAUGGCCGUCGCGAUCAACGACCGCACGGCGGAAUUCCGUCACAUUGUCAGCGCCGCGAAGCGCAAGCAAGUGGCAAAACCUGGAUCGCAAAGACUCCUCGGCAGCAGUCAACAAAGCGCCGCCAACGGCGAUGCCAAACCCAAGCGCUCAGAGUUUGCGCGGAGUGCGGCAGAAAUCGGCAGAGGAAUCUCGGCUACUAUGGGCAAACUGCAAAAGCUGGCUCAGCUGGCCAAGAAGCGAUCCCUCUUCGACGACAACCCGGUCGAGGUGAACGAGUUGACCUUCAUCAUCAAGCAAGAUCUGUCCCGGCUCAACGAGGAUAUCCGAAAUCUCCAGGCCCUUUCCAGACGGCUGCACCCAAAGCCGGACCAAGAGGGUGAGAACAACAAGAACAUUUUGCUUCUCCUGCAGGGCAAGUUGGGGGAUGUCAGCGCGAACUUCAAGGACGUGUUGGAGAUCAGAACCAAGAACAUCCAGGCCUCGAGGUCAAGGACCGAGGCAUUUGUCUCUAACGUCGGGCAACAUGCGCAGCUUUCCUUGCAGCAGUCUGCCUCUCCGCUAUACGGCACGCCAAACCGGGGGACACCGUCACCGGGGAAUGACUUGAUUUCUCUGAACCCAGUGGUGGACCAGCAGAUGCAGCUCCAGAUGAUGGAGGAGGGUGGCCAGAACAACUACAUUCAGCAAAGAGGGCAAGCCAUCGAAGCCAUUGAAUCUACCAUCAACGAACUGGGGUCCAUCUUCGGUCAACUAGCUGGCAUGGUCAGCGAACAAUCAGAGAUGAUUCAAAGAAUCGAUGCCAACACGUGA